UUCCUGAUGCACUUUUUCAAUAGCAACGUCUAUCAUUUACCCCGAUACGUCCAAGAAACUCCCAUCCCCGGUUGUCUCCGACCAUCUUGGCUGCUUUGACGGGUAUAUAAACAAUCCAGAUCGCUGCAUCGAGUUGGAAUCUUCAACGAUAACUCAAAAUGUUAUCCUUCACCUUCGUUGCCCUAUUCCUCCUCCUGGCGGUCGUCAGGGCCACCUCCGUGGCCAACGGCCAAACCGUUGCCUUGAAUGGCAUUUCCUACUUCCUCAGUGGCAUUCCAGUGUCCAAUCUCUCUAUCGACAAUGGCAUCCUGAACAGCCUCGUUGAGGAGAUGGAUAUCUUCCCCAUCACCAUCGUUCACACUUCAGGCAACGUCCAGGGCAGCGAUCUGGAUGCCACUCUUGCCAACUUCACGCGGCAAGAUGACGUGUUCCAAUCGGCAUUCCUUCACACCGUCUAUUUGCAAUCGUCUGAAAAAGCAACCAUCGACAGUCAGUCGUGUCGUGAGACCCUCAAAACCUCCGACAACAAACUCCUUCUGGCUUCACCGGAUUCGCAGGUCGCAUCGUCCAACGCUGCGAUUCCUGCUUCCCUCUCCACCCCUCUUCCCAACGGUCCCUAUUUCGUCUCUGCCCGCACUGGCGAGAUCUACAGGGCAUACCGCCUAUACCCCGACGACAACCUUGGCUUCAUCCAAGCCGGCAUGAGUGAUGAAAAGGGUGGCUACUUUCCGCUUCCUGCAGUGACGGAAAAUGUCAUGACCAAAGACGUGGCUGUGCCUUCCCGUUUGUACUACACUCCAACUGCUGAGCAGCCUCUCGCUGGUCUGCGUCUGGGCGUCAAGGACAUCUACCAUGUCAAAGGCCUUAAGACUAGUGGCGCCAACCGUGCCUACUAUUAUCUAUACGACACACAGAACGUCACUGCUCCUUCCGUUCAGCGUCUCUUCGACCUGGGCGCAGUCUUCGUCGGCAAAACAGGCACUGUCCAAUUCGCCAACGGCGAUAGUCCCACUGCAGACUGGGUCGAUGUCCACUGCCCGUUCAACCCGCGCGGUGAUGGAUACCAAUCGCCCAGCGGUUCAUCUUCUGGUUCCGGAGCUGCUAUUGCAUCCUACGACUGGCUUGAUCUGACCGUGGGCAGCGACACCGGUGGCUCCAUGCGAGGGCCUGCUGCAGUGCAGGGCGUUUAUGGCAACCGGCCAUCGACUGGUGCUGUGUCGCUGGAUCACGUCCUCCCCUUGGGACCUGCGUUGGACACCGCGGGUAUCUUUGCUCGAAAUGCCGCGUUAUGGUCCAAGGCCGCAGCAGCCUGGUAUCCAAACUUCAACCGCAGUUAUCCAUCGCUGCCUCAGAAACUCUACCUGUCUCGCACUGCCUGGGAUGACGAGAUUACCCCGGAAGCGAAUGAGGUGCUGGAGAACUUUGUCCAGCAACUCGAGAAAUUCCUGGACGUCAAUCGCACGGUUGUCGACGUGAAAGAACAUUGGAGCACGACGCACAACUCGCAGGAUAUCAACACUUUGCUCAACACAACCUACGGGUUCCUCACCUCUGUCGGCCAGUACAACAACCUUGCCAAGUCUUUCUUCGCGGACUAUGCUGCCAAAUACGACGGCCGACGCCCAUUCAUCAACCCCAACCCCUUGGCCCGCUGGAAUUGGGGUCAGGCGAACGGAGGCAAUGUCUCAUACGAUGCGGCAAUCCACAACAUGACUGUCUUCCGCAACUGGUGGCAAACAUCCGGAUACGGGCGCCACAACAACAACUCAUGCUCCGAGGGAGUAUUCGUGCAGGCUUGGUCUACCGGUAAAACAGACUACCGGAACCGAUACUUCCCUGCUCCUGACGCUCCGCCGAUGGGCUUCGACGACACUAUGAUUGCUGUCUUCGGCGGUACGCCUGAAGUUGUUGUUCCUCUGGGUGAAUCGCCAUACAACAGCACCAUCACAUUGCAUAAGGAGUACCUUCCUGUGACCGUUGGACUGCAGGCUGCACGUGGAUGUGACAAGAUGCUGGCUGAGUUUGUGGCUGAUUUGGGAAGUAGGGGGAUUUUGAAGCCGGUGGGAACUGGGUCGAGGUUAUAUUAAUUUGUUUGAAGUCUUGAUCGACGAUAGAUGCUGGAUAUCUUCAUGUCUUCGGUGUAUAUAUAUAGACUGGAUAUAUAGACCUACCUUUUGACUAUACGGCUUUAAUAAGAUUUCUCAUCAAACCAGAA